AUGAGCAAAGUUCCCUGCUCACGCUGUCAGCUAUUCAGCUUCUCAAAGGGAAUUUCCCUGGGCCUUGCCGGUCACCGCUUCGAUCGGCCGCGCCGGCGCGCGGCGCGGCGCGCGCGCGGAGGCUAGGUCGAUUCGAGCUCCAUAUCACCUACAAGAGAAACGGGUCUUUAUUGUCUGACUUAACAGUUUCUUAUUUUAUUCAAUUUUCUUUAAUCGCAGUUUUAAAAAUAUGGCGGGUGAUUACUCCGUGGUAACUGCCAGUUAUGUCAACGUGCAAAUCUCGAACUCAUUGACGUCAUUUGCAUCAGAAAAGCGAUUUCCGAAAAGUAUUACCAUUGCAGAGCUGAAGGGUAAAUUUGAGUUGAUAACGGGAUGUAAUGCAGCAGCUACAGAUCUAGAGCUCUAUACAUCAGAAGGAAAGUUAGUUGGACCUAUCAAUAAUGAUGAUGCUUUGUUAGGAUCUUACCCAGUAGAGGAUGGAAUGAGGAUUCAUGUAAUCAAUAGGGAUACCAACAGAGCUGCAGGGGAAUUUGAAGAUGUCUCAAAGGUGGAAAAAUUUGAGAUUUCUCAAGAUGAAUACGAUAAAAGAUCAGAUUCUGUGCGAGCAUUCAAGAAGAAAAUGAAGAUGGGACAAUUCAAGGAGGUGAGUCCUGAGGAACAAGCAAGGAUAGAUGCAGAGAAAGAAGAGAAAGCAGCAGAAGAAGAAAGACUUGCUAAUGCUAUUACACUGGAAUCAAGAUGUGAAAUUGCUGUACCUAAUGCACCACCUACUAAAAGAGGAACUGUCAAAUUUGUUGGGAAGACAGACUUCAAACCUGGCUUCUGGGUCGGUGUACAAUAUGAUGAACCUCUAGGCAAGAAUGAUGGCAGUGUUGGUGGUAAGAGAUACUUUGAAUGCCCUCCUAAGUAUGGUGGCUUUGUAAAACCUCAAUACGUGACGAUAGGUGACUUUCCUGAAGAGGACCUGGAUCUCGAUGAAAUGUAACGCUGCCAUCGUUGCUAAAGGACACAGUAUAUUGGCAUAGAUUUGGUGAACUUUUAGAUUAUACUUCAAAUUAAAUGUAUUAUCCUCAUUUGCAACAUACAUGUAUGUAAAUGUAGCGUGGAAGUAAUGUGUUGAAAUGGUUUGAAAUCUCUAGCUUUCUAGAGGGUCAUGUUUUCAAAUUCCAAUAGGUAACUGGCAUCAAUUCACACCUGGCUGCUCUCCAACUAGGGCCGUUAUUCAAUUCAAAGUAUUAUAUAAGUAAAUUAUUUAGCAUUUUACCUGGCUAAGCAAUAUGCUUAUUCAGAUCACUCGUAAGAAUUUCACCUUAUCAAGCCAACUUCAAGCAAAAUACCUGAUAAUCAUUGACUUCAUGAUGUCUGAGCCAAAUAAUGUGCAAUGCUUGUAUCCAUCUGUGCAUGCUAGCAAGGUUGAUUCUGCAUAUGUACGUUUGUAAGCUGUACACUUUGAAGCAAAUACUUAGCCAAAAUGGCAAUUAGAUAGCAAAGAAUGUUAAGCAUUUUGAUUGAGCAGAAUACUGAGUAAAUAAUUAAAAUUCUGGCUAAAAGUAUUGAAUUGAAUACUGGCCUUGGUGCUUAUAGGUACCUUGUAAGAUACAAAUGUUGUAAAUUGGAGCUUUAUUUCAGUCAAAAUGGAUCCAGAAUGCUAUGGAUUGAGCUUGAGAUACACAUAAAAAAUUGAAAGCAUCUGCUGGAUAACAGAUUAAAAAAAUUAAACUUAAAACCAUUUAAAGAAGAAGGUGGUGGGUCAGUAGUAGAGCACCCACUUCAUGAAUGGGAGGUUGAAGGUUCGAUCUCCACCCAAGUCAUACCAAAGACUUUAAUACUUGGGACCUUCUUCCUUCUUGUAAGGUGCUUGAUGUUUUAAGGAUGGAGAAGGGUAAUAAUAACAUAUGUUAUGCAGGAUUGCAUAAGUUAUAAAUGAUUACCCCCAAAGGUGUCAAGCAAGGUAUGAUGCUGAUUGAACUGUCUUUAAAAGCCAUUUUUCAUCCUGCUUCAAUUUUUGUGAAAUCUUGAAUGUUGUCUACUGCCUUUAAAAUAUAUGAGGAGUUUAAGGGGAAUUGACUUGAUCAAAUAUAAAGCUGCAGAGGCCCACUGAUUUGACCAAAUUAGAGUUUCAUAAAGAGAGCAACUGGGCCAUGUUUCACAAAGAUUUGCAAGUGAUCUGAUCAAUCUUAACCAUGGAAAGCCAUCAAUGUCAUAAUUCUUCAUAGGAAAAUUUACACAGCAUCCAUCCACUUUGAAACAAGGAACAUACUGAUUCUUGGGUAUACAUUAAAACACUUGAAAAAGUCUUGAAUGGAAAGACACACAUUCUAGAUGUUGGCCUUGCUGGCUUUCCGUAGUUUGCAUUUGAUCCGAUCAAUUGCAAAUAUGGAAAGCCAGCAACACCAACAUAUAUAAUGCAUGUUUGUUCAAAAUAUAUUCUAGAUAUUACGCAUUUUCAUACAUCUAUCAUUUUCUUAAAAAUUCAGUGUGCUUCUCCGUUAACAAAGGACAUUGUGCAAAUUUCCAUACAGUUGAGGUUGAUCAGAUUAAUCAUAAUUCUUUGUAAAACGGGGCCCAGAUCAAUCGCAACUCUUUGUAAGAUGGAGCGCUAGGUCCCAUCAUACAAAGAGUUGCAAUUGAUCCAAUUAAUCACAACUAUGGAAAGCCAGCAAAGUAAACAUAAAAUGCAUGUAUGUUUUUAAAAAAUCUAGAUAUGAAUGUAUAUCCAUAUAUUCAUUGAUUUCUUGACAAUUUGGAGUGUUCUCCUUUGUUCACAAAGGACAUUUCGAAAAAUUUCCUGAAGGAAAAAUUAUGACACUAAUGGAUUUCCAUAGUUACUAAUGAUUGGAUCACUCGUAACUCUUUGUGAUCAUCAAGUACUAUCAUUGAGUAUGAAUAUAUUGGAUUUUUUUAUUCUUUCUGUAACCAAUGAAAAUAAGAGCAUAAAAGGAAGAUAGAGAUUAAGCUUAAAAUGUAAAGUUGUGACGAGAUCAUUAUCAAGUUUUAGUAUUUAUUCAAUUCUCUUUCUUAUAAGUCGGUUGAAGAUUGCAGUAGGUAAUGUAUCAAGAAACUUGUGUAUUUGAUUCAAACAAAAUCAGUCUUUUUAAAACCUAUUACUUGCGUAAUACUGCUUGGAAUGGUUAUUCCUUUUAAAUUUAAUGCUCCAUUACUAUAUAGUGACUACUUUCCCCAAAGUGAUAUUGAUUUUUAUGUAAUGAUUGUCUAUCUAAGGGCAAUUGUAUUUGUAUACUUUACAUUCCAUGAUAAUUUAUAUAAAUGAAUUAAUAAUUUACAAUGUUUCAACAUCAUAACCAUAAAGUACAAUGAUAGCAAGAGUGAUGUACAAACCUUUUUAUAAAAUUGUAUAAAAUUUUCAAGAAGCUAACACAUGUAUUACUUAAUUUGAUGGAAAAAAAAAUUCUUAGUUCAUAUAACCCCGUGCGAAAGAAAUAUUGAGUGGGUGAUGUCAUCGUUUCCCUCAUUUGUAUACCAACCAAGAUUGGCAUAUCACUAUUUUGUAAAAUUAAUCAAAACUUCAACAUUUCUUAACUUUUUAUUUUACUUCUGAUAUAUAAAAUUUGAAUGUUGUAUUUCUUUGAUUGUUCUCUAAUUUGAAAAAAAAAUUGUUUGUGUGGACUUAGCCUUUAAUGAAUGGUAAUUAUGUUCUGAUCAAGAUGUCAUGUGAUUGGUCAGUCAGAAGCAUACUUGAAGGUUUGUAGAUUUUACUGUUAAAAGUAACUUUUACAGGGCGAAAUAUGGUUUUGUUGAGAUCAAACAAUGCAUGUAAAAACUGUAACACUUUAUUUUUCUUCUUUCAAAAAGAUGUCUAUUUAUUUCAUAUUACUUUUAUACAUAAUUUUAAGAAAAUGUUUAAGUGGACUGUUUAACUUGGAUGCUCAGUGAUGUCAAAUAUAUUAUGUGUUUGCUGUUCAGUAA